GGAGGGGUUAACGUAUUGCUGCAACGAAUUUACAGUCGUGCGUCGCACUGAUACGUAAGGACACCGGGACAGGAGCUAGCAUCAGUCACCAAGCUACGCCACAUAAAGGUUGAGGCGUUGCCCCGCACCGCUCUGGGAUAAACCGCCAUCUGUAGCCAUGUCUGGCAGAGGGAAGACCGGAGGCAAAGCCAGGGCCAAGGCCAAGUCUCGGUCCUCUCGAGCCGGGCUCCAGUUCCCGGUUGGUCGAGUCCACAGGCUGCUCCGCAAAGGGAACUACGCGGAGCGCGUCGGCGCCGGAGCCCCGGUGUAUCUGGCGGCAGUGCUGGAGUAUUUGACCGCCGAGAUCCUGGAGCUGGCAGGCAACGCGGCGAGGGACAACAAGAAGACCCGGAUCAUCCCCCGCCACCUGCAACUUGCCGUGCGCAACGACGAGGAGCUUAACAAGCUGCUGGGAGGCGUGACCAUCGCUCAAGGGGGGGUCCUGCCCAACAUCCAGGCUGUCCUCCUCCCGAAGAAAACCGAGAAACCGGCCAAGAGCAAGUGAAGAAAGCCGCUGUAGUGGAGCUACCGCUUUUAUAUCACUGUCUUUCUAACUCGAGGCGGCGCUUCGGUUUCUGCUGUUUUCUAUAAUAAACUGCUUCAUGCUUGAGAUGCUGGAAACAAACCUUUCUUUCUUUAGAAGCAGUCCUGAACGGUGAUUUUUGAACAGCUCUGAUGUAAGCUCAUUUUUUGUGUAUUGUUUUUUUGUGGUGCUUUCAUUAAAGGGUGUUUGAACUGCUUUA